UCCAAAAUAAUAUUCCGUUAGAUGUCAGCAUCAUUUACAUGCUCUCAAACUCAUUAGUCACUAACACAAGCUUUCACCAUUUUUUAUGCUUUACACCUAAAACCGCCACUGUUGUGUUUGCGUCACUACCCUCUUCUUCUUCCCCCAACUUUUCUCUGCAAAUCGAUCUGCAAUGUCAGAAUUAGAGGUGUUCAACGAACUGGAAUUCUUCAAAAUCACAAACUCAACCUUCUUCGUCAAAUCACCCACUUCCUUUCUCUUACACAUUUCAUCCAACAACUUCUCCACACUCCCUUCAAUUUCUCUCUCCUUGCAAACUCACGGCCGCCAACGACACGUCGUUGAUUCGGAAAUUCGUCACCGUUUUCCGGACUUCUUGUCUGUCAGCUUGUCGGUCAAAGAUACUGCUGAUUCCGACGAUGGAUUUUCCGGGGAUUCCUCUCAAUCCUUGGGGCAAAACGGGGAUCGGAAUUCCGAUAUUUUUAGGGUUUCUGAACUGCUUGAAGAAACUAAGGAGGAGGUUAAGUUGAAAAGUUCUGGUGCUUUCAAUACCACCAAACAUCUGUGGGCUGGCGCUGUUGCUGCCAUGAUUUCAAGGACCUUUGUUGCCCCUCUCGAAAGACUAAAGUUGGAGUAUAUAGUUCGUGGUGAGCAGAAGAAUUUGUUUGAGCUCGUCCAAACUAUAGCAACUACUCAAGGAAUCAAAGGCUUUUGGAAAGGAAAUUUUGUCAACAUCCUUCGAACGGCUCCUUUUAAGGCGAUUAAUUUUUAUGCUUAUGAUACAUAUAGGAGUUAUCUUUGCAAGUUAUCUCGAAGUGAGGAAGCUGCAAAUUUUGAGAGAUUUGUUGCUGGUGCUGCCGCUGGUAUUACUGCUACCUUACUCUGCCUACCCCUGGACACUAUCAGGACUAUUAUGGUAGCUCCAGGUGGUGAAGCUCUGGGCGGCGUCAUUGGGACUUGCCGCCAUAUGAUCCAAACUGAAGGGUUCUUUUCUCUUUAUAAGGGAUUAGUGCCGUCACUUGUAGCAAUGGCUCCUGGUGGUGCAGUAUUUUAUGGUGUUUAUGAUAUUUUGAAAACAGCCUAUUUGCAUUCACCAGAAGGGAAGAAAAGAAUAGAAAACAUGAAACAGCAAGUAGGAGACUUAAAUGCUCUGGAUCAGCUGGAACUGGGUACUGUUAGAACAUUACUUUAUGGGGCGAUAGCUGGGGCUUGUUCUGAAGCUGCUACUUACCCGUUUGAGGUUGUUAGAAGACAGCUUCAAAUGCAGGUGCGGGAAACAAAGUUGAAUGCUCUGACAACUUGUCUCAAGAUAGUAGAGCAAGGAGGUGUCCCAGCUCUGUAUGCUGGAUUGAUUCCAAGCUUGUUACAGGUUUUACCAUCUGCUGCCAUUAGCUACUUUGUGUAUGAGUUUAUGAAGAUAGCUCUCAAAGUGGAUUCAUAGAUUGCAGGAAAAGAACGAUUAACACCGUGUAGUUGAGUUUUAUUUUUCGCAUCAGUUUGAUGAAGUACGGUGCUCGUGGAAAGGAGUAAACAUGAGCAUUCUACCAAUAGGUUUUUAGUCAACACUUCAGCUAACAUUAGAUGUAAAGCCAUUUGGUCGUAAGAGCUGACUGUUUGUGAUCCAGCUCUUUCAUCAGACCAAAGAAAUGUAACUUGUAAUUGUAAUCAUUUGAGAAUCAAGUCAUCCUCGUUUUAUUGCUCUAAACAAAUAUGUAAUUGUAUGUUUUGCAGUACAAGUCGGUUGGCGGCUUGUUCACCAGGUACCCUCUUGUUUGGUCGGAUUAAAGCUGGCAUGAAAGCUUCAAGCACAGUAUGGUUGAUCAAUUUCCACGAAAUUUGUGGCUUCAUAUUUCUUACUGUAUUUUUUAGUACUCCCUGUAUUUUAAAAUGAGUACAUUUUCUAAAAACGGCUGUAUUUGAAUAUGAGUUACACUUUCUAUUUUUGGUGUG